AUGACCUCCCAAGAAACCGCCAUCGCCCUCACAAAAUCCAACCUCCACGCCAUCUUCAGCGAAAAAGACAUCACCAAGCGUCUACAAGCCAUCUCUUCCCUCUGGGUAUCCUUAGACGCGCUCUUCAUCGACCCGCUAGGCGUGUUCAAAUCGCACCAAGCGAUCAGCGACAUGGUCGACAAGAUCCAGAGCAUGGGCGGACCAGAGGAUGUAUUUACGGAGCUGAGCGAGGUUGAGUGUCUGGCAAAAGAUGACGAGGGGGACCUGUGGGUCACGAGGCUGAAAUGGGGUGUCGGGCCACCGGGUGGUGAGCCGAGGAUGAAGGGGUGGGAUGUGCUUACGAUUGUGGGCGGGAAGGUUAAGGCUUGUUAUACGUUUCUGGACUCGUGA